AUGGCCCAGCAAAGCAUGAAAGUGAGGCCUGUGCUUCUGAAACGUAACAGUCUAGAGUCUGUGGAGCUGGUGAAGCAACCUCACCACCGCAGGAGCAAAUCUCAGCAGGUCCGAUUCAAGGAAGAUGGCACCAGUAAGACUCCGCCUGGUCUAGCUGAGGUGGAUGUCCAGACGUCUGAGGACCCGGCUGUAAUGGGCAAGACUCAGGCCUCCAGGCACCAUCACCUCCCCACCUAUUCGCUCUCCUUUCCCAGGUCCCAGAAGGCAGGGGGCUUUCGGAACAUAGCGAUCCAAACGUCCCCCAGUCUCAGGAAGCAUUUCCCAGUUUUCAAAAGGAAGAGACUCACAGCUAGCAAGUCCCUGGUGGAAAUGCCGACAGCAUCCCAAAGUGCCAUCCAGGUGAACGGCAGUCUCUCUGAGCAGGACAUUGUGUCCUCUGACCUUGCCUACUUACGGCUGGCUCAGCAUCUUGAGGAUGGGCCUCGAAGGGUCAAGGUAUCCCACCCGUUUCUCCCUAGAAUGUCCAAGGUGCAAAGCAAUGGGCCUGUGAGCCUAUGCUUUGAAGCUGGGACAUGGAGAGCCUUGGAGAAAGUAACAGCUGCCAUUCAGGUCCCAGAUGAUAUUUACCAUAGUCCUACCUGGGCAGGAAGGGAGUCCACUUUGAGCCCAGACCGAUCUGCUGAGAUGAGCAACUCCAUACCCCCUUCGGUUGACAGGCAUCCAGGUGACGGGAGAAGAGAGCUGCCACCAGAUUCAGAAAGAAUCCCCUCCUGCUUAAAUGCCCCCAGUAGAGCCAGUCACAUGCCUGGCACAGGGAACCUGCAACCUGAAUUGCUUUUGCCCAAAGAUAACUCCAAUGACAAAGACCUUGGCCCUCUGUCAUCUAGGUCAAAGGAAAGGUGUGCUCCCUCAUAUCCACGGACUCACAGCUCCCCUCCACCUGGCUCCCAGAGUCAGCCAGCCCAAACAGGGGGGGCUUCAGACUGUUCUUCAUUGAGUAACAAUUACCAGGACCUGCAGUCACUUCAAACUAACAGUGAGUCAGGAUCUGCCCCUGUGUGCCAGGAGCAGACGGCAAAGAACCCCAUCAAGUCAGACAUCCCAGAGCUUCAGAACUGUCCAGGAAGCGGUCACCUCCCCUCCUCUCUCCCCAACAGGGAGACCAAGCAGCAGAGAGUGACUGGCGGGAUUAACCCAAUUCACCUGGUGCAGGGCGAGCUCUGCGACCUCCAGGGCAGGCUGCAAUCUGUGGAGGAGUCUCUGCACUCAAACCAAGAGAAAAUUAAAGUCCUUUUGAACGUAAUUCAAGACUUGGAGAAAGCUCGAGCUCUCACAGAAGGGCGCAACUUUUAUCGAACUGGCCAAGAUCUCAACAAUUGCAGUACCUGCCAGAACACGGCAUGCAUCAUAUACAGUGUAGAAUAUGAUUUCCGGCAGCAAGAAGGCAGGUUUCAUGAAGUUCUACAGAGUCUGGAGGAAGUGGAGCUAGCUGAGGAGGCCUCUCCCCCACCAAAGUCCCCACCAAAGUCUCCAGUUCCCGAGAAACAGGACUUAAGGCGGAAAACCAAGAAGGUGAAGAAGAAGUGCUUCUGGUGGAUAUGA